CGAUUCUGGCUACCUCCGGUGCACAACGUACAGGGUUUUUUGAAGGAUCUGGAAUAGAAAACUGGCAACUAUGAAGCGAGUAAUAGUAUUGCUUUGCAUAGCUUCAAUAGCUAACGCAGGGCUAUUGGUAAAACGUCAAGAUUCACAACAACAACAACAACAACAAACCCAAGAAAUUAGGGAACUUCCAUCCCAACAAUUGAAGGAAGAAGCCCCGCCACAGCAAACUCAAGGACAACAGCCUCAGCGACCGCACGGACCACCCGAGACAAAAAUCAAGGGGGGACAGGAAACAAAACAGCAUACGGAUUCAAAACCUGAAAAGUUGCAGCAAUCUCAGCAAACUAAACAGUCUGAGGGUCUCAACCAUGGACCCAAAAGUGCCCAAGUGAAAGAGUCUCCACAGACUAAAACAUCUCAAGGAUCUUCAGAAACGAAACCACACCCAGGACCAAAGCGUACUGAUGUUAAAGAGCCUCCCCAAACCAAAACACCACAAGGAUCGUCGGAAACAAAAAAACACCCAGGACCGAAGCAUGCUGAUGUUAAAGAGCCUCCUCAAACCAAAACGCCCCAAGGAUCGUCAGAAACUAAAACUCACUCAGGACCAAAGCGUACUGAUGUGAAAGAACCCCCCCAAACCAAAACGUCACAAGGAUCGGAAGAAACUAAAACUCACCCAGGGCCGAAGCAUGCUGAUGUGAAAGAGCCUCCCCACGGAUCAGGGCAUCCUCAGGUUAAAGGAUCCCCUGAGACAAAAACGCAACAGGUAAAAGGUGAACCACAAACUAAAGAAACACAAGUCCAGCAGCAAACGAAGGGUUAGAUAACACUGGGUUAAAUAAAAUGACUUGAACGACAGUA